UGAAGAAAUGAAAAGUGAACAAGCUGCGUGUUAUGAUAAGUGAUUCAUGGGAUGUGAUUGUGAUAUGAUGUAGAGAAGUAUUGGGUUGGGUUACGAUCGGUCCAAGUUGAUAUGGAUUACUCAAGUAUCUGCCGGUUUGUGUAAACUUCUAAACCUUGGAUAUGUGACUAAGUUAAAAAUAAAGUUUAUUAAUUUAGUUUGGGAUAAUUAAAUAUAUGGUUUUGUUUAAAUUGUGACGCGUUUCCUUACGUGGAACGAGGAUAACAGACAUCAUGGCGCUUACCCAGCCAAGUGUCAACUGUAGUUUGUACGACAUCGAUUUGAAUAGUUUAAAGGACCCUGCUGGAAUAUUUGAGCUUAUCGAAGUCGUAGGAAAUGGGACUUACGGUCAAGUAUAUAAGGGUCGUCAUACGAAAACUGGUCAGCUUGCAGCAAUCAAAAUUAUGGAUGUGACAGAGGAUGAGGAGGACGAAAUAAAGCUUGAAAUAAAUGUUCUGAAAAAGUAUUCCCAUCAUCGAAAUAUAGCUACUUACUAUGGUGCAUUUAUCCAGAAAAGUCCUCCCGGAAAAGAUGACAAGCUAUGGCUUGUCAUGGAAUAUUGUGGAGCUGGCUCUGUCACUGAUCUAGUAAAAUCUACCAAAGGACAUUCUCUGAAAGAAGAAUGGAUAGCUUACAUUUGUCGAGAAAUCUUGAGGGGUCUUAGUCAUCUACAUGCCAAUAAAAUAAUCCACAGAGACAUUAAAGGCCAAAAUGUUCUUCUAACUGAUAAUGCAGAAGUUAAGCUAGUUGACUUUGGUGUUAGUGCACAGCUAGAUAGGACGAUAGGACGGAGAAAUACGUUUAUUGGCACUCCAUAUUGGAUGGCGCCAGAAGUCAUAGCCUGUGAUGAGAACCCUGAAGCUACCUAUGACAAUAGGAGUGACUUAUGGUCAUUAGGAAUUACUGCUUUAGAAAUGUGUGAAUCUCAACCACCUUUAUGUGAUAUGCAUCCCAUGCGGGCAUUGUUCCUCAUUCCAAGAAAUCCUCCACCCAGAUUAAAAUCUAAAAAAUGGAAUAAAAAAUUUCAUAGUUUUAUAGAAACUGUAUUAGUUAAAGAUUAUCAACAAAGGCCAUACACCGAUCAACUGCUGAAGCAUCCUUUCAUUCGUGACCAGCCCACAGAAAGGCAAGUCCGUAUACAACUUAAAGAUCACAUUGAUCGAUGUCGAAAGCACAAGAGGGGAGGUAAAGGAGAUAUUCAGGAAGAAUAUAGAUACAGUGGCAGUGAAGGUGAGGAAGAAGAAGUAGGCUUAGCUGGAGAGCCAAGUUCAAUUGAGCCAGUGCAGCAAGAUUCCACAUUGAGGAGGAACUUUCAACAGCUUCAGGAGGGUCGAACUUUGACUACCAAUGAGUCUAGGACUCCAGGAAGCAGUUUUCAACCUCCUUCUGCACCACCUCUUCAAAUUGAAAUGCCUGCCCCUCCUCCUAGGCAUUCUGUACCACCACAAAGGCUUAUUGUUGUUCCUGAUCCUCCACCUCCUAGUAAACCUUUGCCACCUAUUCCUGUUGAUCAAAAUAGAAAAGCCAAAGCAGCCACUCCUCCUAGGAACAAUCAAAAUCAAGGAACUCCUUUUCAAUCAUCUCAGCAAAGUAGAAGUUCUGGUGUUUUUAAACCUCCUGCAAGAAGACCAGAAGAAUUGGAAAUUUUAGCUGCCCAGUUAAAUGAACUUGCAAUAGGUGGUGCCGGUAGUGUAUCAAAUCAAAAUAAUAACAAUAGUAGACUUUCUUCAAAUUCAGUAGAAACACCCCCUGGAAUUAAUGGAAUACUUUCUGAUAAAUCUGGGGGUGUAAGAAAUGGAUCCGAUUCAGAAGAAGAGGAGGAGGAGGAAGAUGAAGGUCAAAUUCAAAAUGAUGGCACUCUGCUGGCAUCUGAUCCACCCAGACCUCUGGCCUCUGACAACCUCAUUGAGAAUAGAAUAGCAAGGCCUCCUGAAGUCUACAAUGAUGCCUUAAGAAAUUUAGUUGAUCAUGACAAAAUAAAUGAUGGUUCGACACCUGUAAAUCAUGCACCACACAGACCUUUACCUCCUACUCCAGAUGAAGAAGAAAACAAUGACAGAACUUUAGUGUUGAGAAGGAAUCAUUCAAAUCGGCAAGAAAAUAACAGACGAACGAAGAAUGAGAAUGAAAGUAAGGGGCAGGAUAGGGCAAAAGAUAGAUCAAGUAUUAACCUGGAAAAAAAUCAAAGGAGGCGUGAUUCUGGUCCUGUUGAGCGCUCAGAUAUUAAUAAAUCUAAAAGUAGUGAUAAACAUCGCUCUUCAUCCUCACCUUUACAUAAAGCUACAUCAUCACCUUUUCCUUUAGCUACCUCAACUCCUAAUCAAAAUGGAGAAUCAAAUCAUAAAAAAGAACGAAUUAGUAAUUCCAGGCAUGAAUCGAAGAGUGAUAGGGAGCGAACGGAUCGGAGUUCAUCAAGCGGUGGCUGUGAUCGUGGUCCUGGACAGCGCAUGGAAUCUUCUCAAAGCUCUCCUGGUAAUAUAGGGAUGGCCGCUACACGUUCCAUGGGUGUUCUACCUGACCUCUUGCAGCAGCAUGCUUCGAACACAUCUGGUCAUCAGUCUUCACCACAGCAUAGGCUUCAAGACUCAACGAUAUCAGAUGAGAUAUAUCAGGAAUAUAGGCAAGCUGUUGGAAAGGCCCCUCCUCAACUACAACACAAACAGCGCUCUUUUCUUACAUUUGGGUUUGGUGCUGGUGGUGGUACUGGUCCCUCUCCAUCUCCAAGGAGAGAGAGCCAUGUUAAUGUCAAUGUUACGCCAACAUCGCAUGAGUCGUCUGCUGACACUCCAGAAAUAAGAAAGUACAAAAAACGAUUCAACUCAGAAAUCCUAUGUGCUGCCUUAUGGGGAGUAAAUCUACUGAUUGGUACAGAGAAUGGACUCAUGCUUCUUGACCGUAGUGGUCAAGGUAAGGUGUAUCAAUUAAUAUCUAGGAGAAAAUUUCAGCAAAUGGAAGUCCUAGAAGGCCAAAAUAUUCUUGUCACAGUGUCUGGCAAAAAAUGUAGAGUACGCGUAUAUUACCUCUCAUGGCUGAAGAGCAAAAUAUUAAGAACUGAUGGAAUUGAAAAAAGAAGUGGUUGGAUAAAUGUAGGAGAUCUUCAAGGUGCUGUCCAUUUUAAAAUAGUCAAAUAUGAAAGAAUAAAGUUCCUUGUGAUCGCCUUGAAAGAAAGCAUAGAAAUUUAUGCAUGGGCACCAAAACCGUAUCACAAAUUUAUGGCCUUCAAGUCUUUUACAGACUUAGCUCACCGGCCUGCUCUAAUAGAUAUGACGAUUGAAGAGGGUGUUCGGCUCAAAGUAGUAUACGGUUCUACUGAAGGUUUUCAUGCUGUAGAUUUGGAUUCUGGUGCUGUCUACGAUAUUUAUAUACCUGCUCAUUCUCAGGGCCCCAUUACACCUCACACUAUAGUCACUCUUCCCAAUUCCAAAGGCUUGCAACUCCUUCUUUGUUAUGAUAAUGAAGGAGUUUAUGUAAAUACUUAUGGGAAAGUUAGUAAAAAUAUUGUUCUUCAGUGGGGAGAGAUGCCAACAUCUGUAGCGUAUAUUGGGACAGGCCAAAUCAUGGGAUGGGGCAAUAAAGCGAUAGAAAUACGUAAUGUGGAAACUGGUCAUUUAGAUGGUGUGUUUAUGCAUAAGAAAGCUCAAAAGCUGAAAUUUUUGUGUGAAAGAAAUGAUAAAGUAUUCUUUUCCUCAGCCAAGGGAGGUUCUUCGUGCCAGAUCUACUUUAUGACUCUUAAUAAACCUGGAAUGGCCAAUUGGUAGCCAGUGGACUAAUAAUUGAAAGUGCUCCUGCCAUUCACAGAAAGGGUGCUCUUAUACAUUAUGGGGAAAAUGAUUCCCUAUUUUGCCUUGCAGUCAGUCAUAACAUUAUUUGUUUAGUUUUCUAAAAGAGAAUUUCCUCAUAAUAUGUGCUUUUGGGUUUUUUUAAUUUUAUUUUCUUACUCUCAAAUUUUAUUUUAUUGCUCAAUAAUAUUCAAAUGUUAGAUAUUCUUUAGUCCCAGUUGUUAAAUAGAGGUUUUGAUAUAUAUAUAUAUGACUUUCAAAUUAACUUAUUUAUAGAUGGUAAAAAAGUUAUUAAAAUUAUUAACUAUAAGAGUUUCAUAGGUAAUUUUGUUUCCUUUUAGUAAAAGAGAAAAUAUUUCUUUUUGGGAAAAAAUUUCUACAACCCUUGUGUGAACUAUUCUUAAUUCAAACACUAACCUUUUUGGCUUUUGCUUUCAAUUUUUUUUAAAAAUUAUUUUGCUAUUUUUUAUUUAAAACAUAUUUUAAUUUAUAAAUUUCAAGCAAUAUAAUGACAUUUCAUUUCUGAAACUUUUACAUGUUGUGUUUAUUGAGAUCUUAAUUCCCUAGUAAAUUGUGAACAGUUCACAAAUUUUAAUUGAUGGGAGUAAAGCAUGCCUUAAAGUUUUUUUUUUGCAUCAAGUUUUCUUGAUGUAUUAAUUUAUUUACCAUGUGGCCAUAAAAUCUAACAUGAAAAUGAAAAUAUGGUUUUAAUUAAUUUUUAAAAGAUAACGUAAAACUUUCAUAUUUGCUAUACAUUUACAAGAACUCAGUGAUAAUACAGAUAUUUAGUCGUUAAUUCUUUUUCCUUUAGAUGAAUGUACAAUUUUAAUUGUGUCAAUAUUUAUCCAAAGAAAUAGUGUGAUUUUACGAGAGAGUAAAUAGCAUUUAUAAAUUUCACUACAAUAGAAAUGUUUCUUUACUUUUAUCGUAAUUGUACUUUUUAAGCAAAACAGCUUUAUUGAGAGGAAUAAUUUGAAUUGCUCUUGGUUAAACAACUGGAACUGAAGAAUUAUAUUUCAUUAUUAGCAUUUCAAAUACAUUGUAUAUAGCUCAUCUCAUUUUAUUGCAAUAUUUAAAUUUUCUUUUUCUUUUUUAAAUUGGCCAUCAUUAGUUUUGAUUGUUAAUUAGGCCUAAAAUUGUUCCUUUAUGCAAUAUAUAAUAUAGAUAUAUUUAAAAUUAUAAAAUAUCCAAAACAUUUUUAAUUAGUUAUGAACUGCUUUAAGUAGUAAUUGUUUUAAUAAAUACUUAAUGAAAUAAGCAAUUAUUUAUCCACAUAAUUUAUAAAUUAAAAUUUUGGUAAUGAUCUUUAAAUCUGUAUUUCAAUUAAUUUUUAUAAUACUAGUUAUUUUAUCACAUUUUAAUCAAAGUAUUAUUUCCAAUUCUUUCCUUCAAUAUUACUUGAUGUUUUCAAAGUUAAUCUUAUUACUUAAUAAAAAUAACUAUAUAUUUGUGAAAUUGCUGCUAUUUGUAUGUUUAUUAAUUAUUUUAAUACAUCUAUUUAAGAAUUUAUUUUGCAUAAUUUGUUAUUGUUUUAAUGACUGAUAAUUUGUCCAUGUAUACAGUUCAUUUCUUGUAAUCUAGACUAUUUUUGCAGACUUGGAAAUAUUUGUCACUUCGAAUAUAAUUCAUUAAAACUUGUUAUGAUUAAUGUUUUUCAUUGUAAUACUUAAUUAGAAUGCUGAAAUGUUUACAGUAUAAAAUUUAUACCGUUUAUAUUUUGUGAUAUGGUAGUGUAAUGAAAAGCUUUUAAUGUACUAUCAUUUAUGGUAAUAGAAACUAAAAAGCAAAUAUAUUUCUAGCGUA